UCCUACGCCCUUCAACCCUUGUCUGCUUGAUCCAGUUACACACGAUUCCUUACAAUAAAACAUUAUUUCAUGCCUCAUACUUUGCCUUCUGAAGUUCUGUGUAUUAUAAAUCAUCGGUGCUAACAGGGCAUUCGCGUACAAAACAAGCAGAAUGGUUUUGACUCGGAUAAAAUAGAGCCGAAAACCACGCUUUAGAUGAAUUCAAAUGCCCGCAGUCUUAAAUUUACUCCAUUUCCGUACAAGACGAUGUGAGAUAAUGAAAUUCCUUCCACCAUGAAUAGUUUAGAUCCGAUAAUUACAAUAAACGACUGCUUAAAUCUGGUUAUUUGUGUAAAUUUCUACCUAAAAAUGAGUGAACGCCAGAUAAACAAAGUCAAGGUCGAUUCACACAGACUUUAAAACCCGUCACCGUACCAUUCCGUAUGGAGGUUUACAAGGACAGAGUGAACCAAUUUUUUAUUUUUUUACCGUGGCUGUCCUCAUAAAAUUAUGAAAUGUUCGAGCUUCGAACUCUUGGCCCAGUUUACAUUGCCUAUAGCACAUAUACUUGAAAAAGUAGUCCGUCAGUUGCAUUGACGGUAUAAACCUGCAUUGACUGAAUAAACCUCAAGUUUACACGGCAGGCAGAUAUCGGCCUGAUAAAUGCAUAGUGGUAGGAUAAAUAUGGAUAUACCAUUAUUUAAUUCAGAAAUUAGAAAGCUAAGAAAAAAUGACAAGGAGCUUACAGCAGAACUUUUUGAUAUAGAGAAACAGUAUAAUGAUGUUUAUAAGGUCGCCGAAGAUUGGCUCCGUCAUAUUUACAUGACUUGCCAAAGACAGUUUUUCUUAUGGCGGUAUGGCCAUCUCAAGGAUAUGAUAAAGGAAUGCAUCGAGUUCUUGGAGCAUCCAGAAACGUAUAGGAGUACAGAAAUUCCAAAAUACAUCACGGAAACAAGCAGAGAACAAUUUGAUUAUAAGAAUAUACAACAGUUACACACAAAAGAAGAAGUGGAAAAAGAUAUUGAACUCAAAUUGAAGUGGAAAAGGGAACUCGAGAAAAGAAUAAGAAGACUGAUAGAAUUGGGAAUGAAAUAUCAAAAUUCCAAACAACACUAUCCACACAGGCGAUACGAGAUACUAGAAUCAAUCAUCAAAGAAAUCAUCAGAGAUUGACAAAAGUAUUAUAAAAAGGUUUCUCUCAUUUGUGCCAAAACAAUUUCAUUUAAUUCAAUGUGAAAAUUACGUAAGUCUAUGUUCAUCAACACUCUAGAUGUAAAAGUAAGACUUCGAUAUUUAUUUAUUCCCAACUAUUUCUUUAUUGCGAUUAAAACAAAUUUUCAACAAUUUUAUAGUAUAAAGUAAUAAUAAAAUCCGUAACAAGAACCUUUGAAAGCAUAGAACGCAAGCAAGCAACAUAA